AGGGGUGCUAUGAUGUAAUUUAGGGAUGUUUGACCCCAAAAAGGGUCUAAAUUCGCUUAUGCUCCCUCCCUCUGUUCCUCCCUCUCCCUCUGCAACGUAAUGCAGGAGGCAUUAUAAAUAUCAGCCAAGUGGCACACGGGCUAAAUUUGUGGGAACAGCUGAUCAAAGCAAAGCACUGCGACGUCAAGACAGCAACGCCAAGAUGAUCGAUAAUGAAAUCGUACUUGAAGCACUGGGGGUGAUCUGCAAUGCCGAAGUAACUUCUCUUCAACAAAAACAAAGAUCAGAAGUUGACAUCGUUCCUUUCCUUCUCGGAGCUUUAAAAAAUUUAUUCAUAGCUGCUGAAACUCAGCUGCCUAUUACCCAGCUCAUUUCUACAGUUGUGGAUGGAGAUCAAACCUGUUCGGUGUCACAAAGCAGCUUGUCCAGGAUUCUAUAUGGAGAGCAGGUGUCUGGUGAAAGGCCUGGGAGUCAAAAUGAACAUGUAUCAGAAUUUGAAGUAGACAAAAAAAGGCGUUUCAUCAUCGACGAAGAAGAAUUCUUUGACCCCAGAUUUCACUACGACUUUACUGAAAUGAAAGACACAGAUAACUUUUACAGAGGUGACGAAGAGUACCGGCGUCCCUAUGGUUGGAAGCGUUAUGCUCUCAAGGUCCUGGACAAGUAUGAUGGAAAUGAAUGGCUAGGCACCGCAGGCUAUCGCACUUGGUCAGUGUCAGGGGAGUGGCCUGUGUCCUACCAUGGGACAUCUUAUGACUCUGCUUGUGAGAUCAUCAAAGGACGUUUCAAGCCAGGUUGGAUAAACCUAUAUGGCAGAGGGGUUUAUUCUGCACCUGACAUCACUGAGGCCCUCGCUUAUUGUAAAGAUUUCAAGUCCAAAAAAAACGGCAAGACGUACAAAGUGAUUCUGCAGAAUCGGAUCAACCCCAGUUACAGAGAGAAAUGGAACAAUGAUAAGUACUGGCUGGUUCGCAUCGAUCGUGGAUCAUCAGAAGAAGAAGAGGGAAAGAUGGUGGAGCGUGCCAUUCGUCCCUAUGGCCUUCUGUUGAAAGAGUUCUAAAAGACCAAAAAGGUCACUAGAGGUCGCAGAAAAGGUAAAUAAAGACUAAAGCAGACUAUAGUAAUCCUCUGUGCUGCAAUUUAAUGUGCAGUAAACCUUAAAAUUUGCUAUUUACCCGCAUGCAUAAAAAUGUUUGUGGGAAAGAGAAGUGAAGUUCAGGGAUAAUUAUGCUCACAAAACUGUUCUCACUAUGAAAUUCAGGUAGACGUUCAACCCUUCUGCACACUAGAAGCCAAGAAGUUGUUCUUAUUAAUCAUUUAUAACUGAGCUCUGAAGAACUGGUGGAUGAUUUGUAAUUCCUUGAUGAGAUUGAUUACCAGUGUUAGUCAAGUUACUUGAAAAAAGUAAUUAGUAACUAAUUACUGAUUACUACUCCAAAAAAGUAAUCCUGUUACUUUACUGAUUACUUAUUUUCAAAACUAAUUAGUUACUUAGUUAUUUAGUUACUUUUUAAAAACAUGAUACACAACCUGAAUACAUAAUUAAGCAGUAGAAAGACAUUUUCUUCCCACGCAGAGUGUACAGCGGACGCUAAUAUUUUUGUCACUUUUUACCAACUAAAACUUAAAGUAAUGUAAGUACGUCCAAGCUUUAAAUGCUGCAUAGUCGUACUCUGUCCCGCACUCCAUACUAUCCAUUGUUGAUCUACACAAGUCUGUUGCUGCUGCAGGUGUCGCACGUGCUUAUGUCAUUGUCAUGAGACACUCUCACAAACAAAAUCACAAUGGUUUAGUAAUGCAGUAACGGAGCGUGCUAACGGGAAAGUAACAGUAAUCUAUUUACUUUUUUGCGAUAGUAAUCCUUUAUAUUACUCAUUACUUGAAAAAAGUAAUCGAAUUAAAGUAACACAUUACUGCCCAUCUCUGUCUAUUAUAGCUCUUAAUUACACACGAUCACAAAUUUUUACCAAUAUAUAUAAAUAUAUAUAUUUGACCUGCUCCUUUUUUUUUUCCAAAGAUUCACAAUUUAAAUGCAUGAAAAAUGAAAAAAAUUCUUCAUCAUUUAUAAUGUUGCACUUUGAUUCAUGAUAAUUUUAUAAAUAAUGUGUUCCUAAAAGUUUGCUUUUCUCUUUUUGAAGUGUGGAAAAAAACAGCAUCUCCAGAAAUAAUUGUUUUUGCUGCAAAGUGUUUCUUUGAUGCUUUUUGUUCUUGCAUGAGGGGAGAGAAAAUCUAAAAUGUAAACAUUGUUUAACAUGAAAUUAUGUAAGUUUAUAUGAAAUGCAAGCUUAGAGCAGAAAAUUGUAAAAGGUUUGAUAUUUGUGCAAUUUUACUUCUCAAAUUUUGAAGAUUUUAGAUGUUUUUCACUAUUAA